AUGCCUUGUUUGCCAUUCUUGAAAAGAAAGGAGCCACCUGUGCCUUUGGGCAGGAGUAUCUUUCAAAAACACACUCUACCCGUCCAGCAGAACUACCAGGCCUUAUUAGAGACAUGCUUGAAGAACAAAUGCCUGUUCACAGAUGACAACUUCCCUGCUCACAUCAGCUCUAUUGGAACAGGGGCACUGCUAAAGAAACUACCCCAAAAUAUACAAUGGAAGAGGCCACAUGCUUUGCACAGAAGACCAAUGUUUUAUGCUGCAAACAGAAAGCAACUUGAUCUUUGCCAAGGAUUGGUGGAGAACUGCUGGUUCCUGGCGGCCCUGGAAGCCCUGACAUUCCACCAGGACAUCUUGGCUGCAGUCGUACCACAAAACCAGAGCUUUGAGAGGAAAUAUGCCGGCAUUUUCCACUUCCGGUUCUGGCACUUUGGUGAAUGGGUUGAUGUGGUGGUUGAUGAUCGCCUGCCAGUGAAUGAGGUGGGGGAGCUGCUCUUUGUUUCCUCAGUCUAUAAGAAUGUGUUCUGGGGAGCCCUUCUGGAGAAGGCAUAUGCUAAACUCUAUGGCUCCUAUGAAGAUCUGCAGAUUGGGCAAGUUUCAGAAGCCUUGGUGGAUUUUACAGGUGGUGUUAAUAUAAGGAUCAAGCUUGCAGCAGCUCCUCCUGAUCUGUGGGAUAUCCUGACAAGAGCAACCUACAGCAGAUCUCUCAUGGGCUGUCAGACACAUUUAGGGGUAACAAAGGUUCUGGAGAAUGGUCUUGUAGCUGGCCAUGCCUACACAGUAAUUGGUAUUAGAAAGGUGACAUGUCAAUAUGGACCAGAAAACCUAGUGAGACUGAGAAAUCCAUGGGGAAAAGUUGAAUGGAAAGGAGACUGGAGUGACAGCUCUUACAAAUGGGAGCUGCUGAGCCCAAAGGAGAAGAUUUUGCUGAGGAAAAAGAAAGAGGAUGGAGAAUUCUGGAUGUCUCUGCAAGAUUUUAAGAUUCAUUUUGUAGAUCUGAUGAUCUGUAAAUUAACUCCAGACCUGAUGAGCCAGGAACAUGGGAAGAAGUGGAUGUACUCCCUGAAGAGUGGGAGAUGGGUUAAAGGAAGUACAGCGGGAGGAAGUCUGGGAUUCUGUAAUGGCAGCUUUUGGAUGAACCCUCAGUACUGGCUGAAUGUUUUACCAGUUGAAGACAGUAAGAAAAGCCUGGGUUCCUGCAAUGUGGUUAUAUCGCUGAUGCAGAAACACAGCAGCAAACACCGGAACCAAGCUCCUCACCUGUUCAUUGGAUUUUCACUCUACAAAUACCAGGAAAGCAACAGGAAGCUGCCUCCAGCUUUCUUCACCCAACAUGAGCCUGUGAACAUGCACCAGGUCUUCCGUGAUGAGAGGGAAGUGACUCAUGACUUCCGCCUGGAGCCUGGUGUCUAUGUGAUUGUGCCAUCCACCCUGGAGCCUCAGCAGGAGUCUGAAUUCAUCCUGCGGGUCUUCUCCAGGAAGCAUGUUCUUUGGGAAAUGGGCAGGAACACCAGUUUCACCCUCUCUAAGGAAAUUGUUGAUAGGUAUGAAGGCAAGAUUUGGGAGGAUUUAUUCACAAAGCAUUUUGAACAGAAUCCCGAAAUAAAUGCUGUUCAGCUCCAGAGGAUCCUGAAUAAUAUAUCUUGGAGAAAUUUCCAGAGUUUUCGCCUAAGUUUCAGUCUGGAUGCCUGCCAGGGUAUCUUGGCGCUCCUGGAUCUAAACGCCUCUGGCACACUGAGUAUCCAGGAAUUCAGAGUUCUGUGGAAAAGGCUGCUUUUCUAUUUGGAAGUUUUCCAGAAAAGGGACACUAGCAGAUCAGGAAAACUUGACCUUGUGGAACUACAUGCAGCUGUACGGGAGACAGGCAUUUCGCUCAGCAAUGAUGUCUGUGAUUUGAUGGCAAUCAGAUAUGGUGACCCGGACUUGAAGAUCAGCUUUGAGAGCUUUAUGUACUUCAUGCUUCGAGUGGAGAUCAUGGGAGAGGCCUUUUGCAACUUAACACAAGAUGGCAAAGGGAUAUAUCUCCAGGAGUCUGAGUGGAUGAUGAUGACACUGUAUUCCUGA